AUGGGCCAGCAGAAUCCUCCACAGGGAGGAUCGAGGAAGAUCUCAUUCAAUGUAUCCGACCAAUAUGAGAUUCAGGAUGUGAUUGGCGAGGGUGCAUACGGUGUUGUCUGCUCUGCAAUUCACAAGCCGUCGGGCCAGAAAGUCGCCAUCAAGAAGAUCACCCCGUUCGACCACUCGAUGUUCUGCCUGCGCACGUUGCGCGAGAUGAAGCUACUGCGAUACUUCAACCACGAGAACAUUAUCUCGAUACUGGACAUCCAACGACCCCGCAACUACGAGGGAUUCAAUGAGGUCUAUCUGAUUCAAGAACUGAUGGAGACCGACAUGCACCGCGUCAUUCGGACACAAGAUCUGUCCGAUGACCAUUGCCAAUACUUUAUCUACCAGACCCUGCGCGCCCUCAAGGCGAUGCAUUCGGCCAAUGUGCUGCACCGUGACCUGAAGCCCUCGAACCUGCUUCUCAAUGCCAACUGCGACCUCAAAGUCUGCGACUUCGGUCUGGCGCGCUCGGCCGCAUCCACCGACGACAACUCCGGCUUCAUGACGGAAUACGUGGCGACUCGCUGGUAUCGUGCGCCGGAGAUCAUGUUGACCUUCAAGGAAUAUACCAAGGCCAUUGACGUGUGGAGCGUUGGCUGCAUAUUGGCCGAGAUGCUGAGCGGGAAGCCCCUGUUCCCAGGCAAGGACUACCACCACCAGCUGACCCUUAUCCUGGACGUGCUCGGCACCCCGACGAUGGAAGAUUACUACGGAAUCAAAUCCCGCCGAGCCCGCGAAUACAUCCGCUCUCUGCCAUUCAAGAAGAAAAUUCCCUUCCGGGCUUUGUUCCCCAAGAGCAACGACAUGGCCCUGGAUCUGCUCGAGAAACUGCUGGCCUUCAACCCGGCCAAGCGCAUCUCUGUCGAGGAUGCCCUGCGUCACCCGUACCUGGAGCCGUAUCAUGACCCGGAUGAUGAGCCUACUGCGCCGCCUAUCCCCGAGGGAUUCUUCGAUUUCGACAAGAACAAGGAUGCUCUGAGCAAGGAGCAGUUGAAGACGUUGAUCUACGAGGAGAUUAUGCGGUGA